CAAUUGUGUUAUGGCGGCCGGCGAUGUGAUGUGAUGUCGCCUCCGAAAUACAUUCUUCAUGACUAAUCUUUGAAGAUUUGUGUUUUAUGUCGUCGCAAACAAGUGCCUUUUAUUCCCCAGCAGCUAGCACUUAGGAAGGGACAGCUCAAACCCAGGGAGAGACCAUGGCAGCGAAUAUGUAUCUCGAACACUACCUCGAUAGUAAGUGAAUUUGUUUUCAGUCCCGUUUUUGCUCACAAGAUCCCGCCACACAGCUCCCACUAAUUUGCAUUUACUAUAGAGUAUCGGUCAUUCCUGUGACCGUAAAUCGAACUUUUGAUUCAUGCUAGGUUUACUCAUUUCAUGUUGUUAAAAAGUCCUUAUAUGGCUCUCGUGAAAUGUGUCAAUACUGUUCAGAUCGUGUUCUGAAUUUGUGGUUGAUAUCGUGCGUUUAAUCAAACAUCUCGACAGCCUGAUAUAGCUUAAGUUUGUGAGCCUCUUAGCUCCUUUUUUACCAGUUCACUAUUGACUAAAAAAGGAAACCAUCUCUCUUCAACGAUAUUGAGUUUGCAACUAUAUUAGAUUUUUGCCGGAUGUUGGAUUUUACACUUCACAAGCUUCAUUAUCUUUCAUAUCUAUGCAACUGAAUCGGAGGGUUUUCCCUGUAAUACUGUAUUGUAUUGAUAUGCAAUAUUUGAACAUGAUACGGGUAAAUGAUCUUGUUCCUUUUUAGGUAUUGAAAACCUUCCGUUUGAGCUACAAAGAAACUUCACGCUCAUGAGAGAACUUGAUCAAAGAACACAAGGUAAGCUGCAAUCAUGAAAAUUAUGUCUAAAAAAAAUCAAAAUUUUACAAUUACUGAAUGAGGCUGAGUAUCUAAUGAAGAAUUAUGAAGAUUGAGGAGGGCGUUAUCUGUCGAGGCCGUACAUGUAGGCCAAGGUGGAUGACACCCUCCGAGAUCUCCACAGUUCUUCAUAUGAUAUGAAAUUUGAUAAUUGUUUUAUUAUUCAUUCAAAAUAAUUCCUAGUUUAAAAACAUAGCGAAAACUUGCUUACCUCCAUCAGUGUUAAGUUCACCCUCCGAGAUCUCCACAAUUCUUCAUAUGAUGCGAAAUUCGACAAUUGUUUUAUUAUUCCUUCAAAAUAAUUCCUAGUUUAAAAACAUAGCUAAAACAUGCUUACCUCCAUCGAUGUUAAGUUCAUCUUCGAUAGUGCACAUUUAGGGUUGUUCAGCUCCGCAAAUAUUUUCCAAAUAGCAGAUGUCUCCUUUCAAGUUGUCUUCUUGCUGUUCUUGCCAUGUUUUUAGCUACAUGUAUUAUUUCACCUAGUUCUUACUCUUGCAACGAGUGAAAUUUUUUGUGAAUUUUUUUGUGUGUGUGUGUGUGUGUGUGUGUGUUGUAUUAUAAAUUUUUAUUCUAUAAUACAAGAGGAAUACCCAAUAAAGCUGUGGGAAAAAAAAUGUCCUCCAUUUUUCUUUUCACAACUGAAAACAACUCAACCUUGUUCCCGGGUCUUCUCGGUAAACGGUGCAUUGACCUGCAAAGAAGCUGCACUUUUGACGUCAUCGGUUGAUUAGUAUAGGUAAUAGCAUGAUUUGUAGUGAUAUUUGGCAGAAAUACCACGAGUGAUAAUUAUUUCAAAAUUGUUAUACGUAAUUUCACGAGCCAUUAGGCAAGUGAAAUUUGAGACAAUAUUAUUUUGAAAUAUCACAAGUGGUAUUUAUGCCAAAUAUCACGUACAAAUCAUGCUAUUAAUUGUUUAUACUACUACCCUUAGAAGGUUUGUAAUUUUCACAUGUAGGUAUUUCAAAUUAAACUGAAAUACCACUGCUCUAAGCCAAUCAAAUUGCAGAAAUUUCUCAUGUAGUAGUGUAAAUCGCAAAACUCGUCUAAAUUUCACCAAUUAUGGUGAAUUGUGCGUGUGCUUUUAGCCAAUCAGAAUCGGGGAAGUAUAAUUGAAUGAAUAAUAAAAAACAAUAAUAUCAGCCCGAUAAAAAUACAUGAUAUAAUUAAUCAUUCUUGUUGGCAAGUGCACAGUACUUUUUGUAAGCUUUAUCCAGGGGUUUCCCUUUAGGCCAACAUUGCCCUUGAUUUGAGUUUGCUGAGGAGUUAUGCUAACACCAGCAAAAAAUUCACUCACUGUGGAAAGCCAAUGAUUUUUAUUUAACUUAAUGUUAACUGCAUAAGAUCCUUGAUUGUUCAUUUUGGGCAAGUGCCUUAAAAUGUUAAUAAUUUUCUGAUGCAAUUCAAGGUCUUUAAAAGCAAGAAAAUAUUGUCCUUUACCUUGCAAUAAAAAAUUAAUUAAGGUUAAGCAGGGCUUUCGCUAAAAUUUCAAGUUGCAGGGUAUAUGUGAUUAGCAGGAGGGGAAUUGUCCAGCUAAGAAGUUCUUUUGGUUCCAUUUUCCUUUUGUUUCCUAUGAAAGUAGCCGCAGGAAAUCCGCGGCCUUCGGCUCUAAGUGACAACCCUGGUUUAAGGUGGCCCAAACCUAUUUACAUCCUUGAUGGUUAUGUUUUUAAAUCAUGUUUUUAAGCAGAAACGAUUAACCGAUUUUUAUGAUUUUUGGCAACUUUAAUAAAGAAUGGUCGAACAAAAUGCUGGUCAAAUUUAACCUUAAAAGUUUUUUUAUAUAUAUACAACAACACUUUAUUUCAUAUUUACACGCAAAGGAAAAAUUACAAAAACUGUAGAAAACUAGAAAAAAAAGGUAGCAAAAUUACAAUUUAUAAAAGGUGUUGAAAAUUACAACUGAAAUUAUCUUUACCCUUAUACGUCUUAUACACAAAAAAUCAGUAACUCUUCUAUUUAUUUAUUUUUUUAACAUAAAAUAGUAAGGUAACUGAUGAAAACUAUAUUUGCCAGAAUGAUUAAUUAUUGCACACAUAUUAUAUGCACACGUAUCCACAAUGGCUUUUAAAAAAGGAAAGAAAAAACAAACAAAUAAACAGACAGACAACUUAAACAGGACAGUUAAAGUAUUAAAUCUUUUAAUCUACAGAGCGCCGCCUACAGUUCACUUCCACAGAAUAGUACAUUCUUUUAAAAAGGGGAGGUUUUUAAUCAAGACCAUUUCUUUUUAAGAGUCUCUAAAGAAUUAUGGUCUUUUGCAAUUUGCCUUUCUAUUUCCACAGUGCAUUGAACUAUUUGUACGUACAUUUGGACAUUUGUAUCUCUUUGCUUACAGGUGUAGAUAUAAUGCCUGGAAAUAAGUAGUAAAAUAAUAGUGCAGUAAUAAAUCUUUUGCAUCGUUAAUUAAGCCAAAUAAGAGAGCUUCUGAGAGGCUGAAUUGUUCUACUUUGGAAGUGUUUUGCAUUAUCCAUUGAUAGCAGUCUUUCCAAAAGGCGUUAGAAUAUAUACAGCUCCAAAAUAAGUGAACCAGGUUUUGCGUUGUUUCUCCACAGAAGGUGCAGGAAUCAGACUGUUUAAUUCCUAUUUUGUAUAGAAAAUCAUUGGUUGCGAUUCGUCUAUGUAGAAGUUUAAACUGAAACUCUCUCAGUUUUGUUUCGUUAGUAGACCAAAAUGAUAAUGAAUAUGUGCUUUCCCAAUUAACCGUCUUGUUUCGUAUUGAGUCCUCAGCCAACCAUUCACCUUGGCUUUUAAGUGGUGUUGAAGCCUUUCUUUUCAAUGAGGCACUGAUAAGCUUUUUUUGCAGAAUUUUGUGUGGGAUAGGAGAGUUUUAGUUGCAUCUUGGGUUUGGUCGUUUCCGGUGAUGGGUGAACAAAGUUUUUUAUACCUUGUUAGAGUAGAUACAACUUUAUAGUACUCAAGAUAGUUAGCGUUAACUUUAAAUUUCCUACAAAAACAUCAAAGCUAAUAAAUCUAGAAGCCUCAUCAAGGAGGUCUUUGACAUUCUCCACACCCGCCUUAAGCCAUGAUUUGUAAAAAAAAAGGUUUCUUCUCGAUCGUAAUCAGUGAGUUAUGCCAGAUACAUGUUGACUCAAAACAUGGGUUCUUCUCACUAUAAUUUAAGUUGGACCAGUGUUCUACAAUUUCUUUUUAAAAAGGGUCUUUAAUUUUCAGUCAUGAUGCAUCUUUUUGUUUUAAAUUGCACAAGAACAAUAAUUUCCCACUGUAUCUCUCCAAGUAGUAAUCGAAAAACAUGUUCCAUGUACCUUUGUUCUCUGUGUUUAGGUAGCUUUGAACCCAUUUCAUUUUCAAAGAUGCAUUAAAACUUUGUAUAUCAAUCAUCUUUAGUCCGCCCUUAUCGUAGUCGUUAAUGAUUUCUGUUCGGCCCUCAAUUUUGUUGCCUUUGCUAUCCCACAAGAAAUCAUAUAAUAUCGAAUUUUUUUCGUGAACUACUUUUUGGUGUGAUGUUAGGGAUGACAACAGAUAGACUAUUUGAGACAUGGCUAGAGAUUUUAUUAUGGUGAUUUUGCCCAAGAGAGUCAGUCUUCUCACUGACCAACUAUUUAGAAUACUUUAGAGUUUAUCUAACUUUUCCAAAAAGCUGACAUGUACAGGAGUACAUGUAUCUUCCAAAGUUGAAAACCAUACUCGCAGUGCACAUACCUUAUCUUUGGCCCAUAAUAUUGGUUUCAAGGAGGGGAGGGUGAUUUCUGAACUUUUACAGGAGCCAAUCCAUAGGCCUUCAGUUUUUGCGUAAUUGACUUUAAGACCCGAGAUCAGGCCGAAACUGUCUAGGAGGUAUAGAGAUCUAGAAAAUGAGGACUGAGAUCCAUCUGGGAUGAAAGUUGUAUCAUCUGUGUAUUGUGAUAUUUUACAUUCAGUGCCAAGUUUGAUGAGUAGAAGUUCUUUAAUCUCAGCCUGCGUUCAGCAUAAAGUUGUUCUUCUUGUCGUGCCAGCUGUAUUUGCCAUAGGUUUCUGAUUACUCAGUUUCUUGCAGUAAAGCUCUGGGUAAGAAUACCCUCUCAGAUGGGAGAUAGUCUGUCAGCUUUCUUCCACGAUUUGUGCAGCAACUUUCACAAAUUAAUGUGUAAGUGUACGCAAUGUGGCCUUUUAAGGUUGAAUUUGAUCAGCAUUUUGUGCAGGGAGUUCUAUGGUCAUGAUUGACUUCAAACUUAGGGACAUAAACCAGAGAGCUCUGAGGUUUAUUUGCUGAAGCUGUUGUGGCAUUUCAAAGUUAUUUACAUUUUUAGUAAAAAUUCGGUUGUACAUAUUCAUUAAGUAUAUGCCAAUAUCUCAUACAUUUUUAUACCACGAGAAAAGUAAUAACAUUUUUUCAAAGUACGACCAUUCGUUAUUAAGGAUGCAAAAAUCAUAGAAAUCAGUUAAAUCGUUCCUGCUGAAAAAUGCGACUCAAAGACAGUCGUAACUAACACGCAUAUAAAUAGGUUAGGGCCACCUUAAUUCGUGUCGAAUAUAAUUAUAUGUUAACUGUGCAAAAUGUUGAGGUAAAUUGUUCGAUAUUAAAAGGAUUCCAGAUAUUUGGAGCAAAGAAGGAUGGAUACAUGUAGAGUUUGUGUUCAGUAGUCAUUAGAUUGAAAGUCAGAACUAGAAAAAGCCCAAAAUUAUUUGGUCAAGGCUGUGCUCGAAGAAAAACUGAAUCGCCGGAGCUGCUCUGAAGUUGUGCAGGAUGCCUUGCAUAGGAUUUCUAUGAAAAUAAAACUACUAAGAUUUUGUAGUCACCCAACAGCAAGAGUAAGGUGCCAGGGGGAAACUGGGUACUGCUGGAGCACAACCCUGUUGUACCCAGAAGAUAUCUUCAAAAUUACUUGUAUAUUAUAUCAAAAUGUGUUCUGACUGGAAGUUUUCAGAUUUAUCAGUUUUUGCCAUAUAAGUUAAAUAUAUGCAUAAAAUUUUUAAAAAAUAAAGGCAAGGGAGCCCAAGGAAGCCUUUAAGGCUUUAAAAAUAUAGUAACUAAUUAAUAGAAAUAACCAAAGGUUAUGGAAUGCAGGCAACAACGAUCGAAGGUCAAACGCUUUGCUCCAUCACUGUUCUUUGCAGAAGUGUCAUGUGACAGAUAGUCUAAACACGCGAAAUCAGAUUAUGAGUGAUAAAAAGUCUAAAUGCACGUGAUCAAAUUACAUUCUGUGCAUUCCAUUCAUUCUUAGUGGAAGUCCAAACGAAUGCUGGCUACAUACAUGCGGCGCGUGCACAAUAACAACAUGGAGAUUAGGAUUGCAGGCUCCUCUUGUCACCCGCAAUUAAAUAAAAUACUGGCAUUAGCAAGACAAUUUAACUAAGCACAUACAAUAAUAAUUAUUUUACAACAUAGAACGUGCAAGUGCGAAAACAAAAAAGAAGACGUGACAAAAAUAACACAAGAAUAUACAAGAGAAACAAGUGAAAAACUACACGCAAGCGUUAAGAGAAGUAAAGUGUGCUUAUACACCGAAUGCAAAUAUGGUGGACCUCUUGGCCGGCCUGGGUCCAGUUGCACAAAAUCAAGGGUAGUGACGCCUCAAGAGUUUUGUUGACUGCGCGUCUUAGCGAUUGAGUCGAUCGAUGUGGUUUGCUUCGAGUUGUUGCGUGCCUGAGCGCCACCAAAAAGGAGAUUUUACUCUAGCUGGAACUACCUUUACUUUCCCAAGAUCUUUUCAUAAAGAAAGUUAAGGAUUGAUGCAUUUCAGCGCGGCAAUGGGAAGCACUUAACAGUGAAAACGCAAGUGUGCUCGUUUCACUUGCUUUAGAAGAGAGGACUCACAGAAGUAUUUGAAGGAAAGAAUUUUCACAAGAGAUGGUGCUGUUCCAUGAUGUUUGCAUGGUCUGUUGUUUACCCAACAAAAGGUAAACAUUCUUGAAAACAGGGUCAUCCCAUGUUGACUUUAAGAUCUUUCAGAUUUCAUGCUGGAAACAGCUGCAUUAAAAUAUUACAAUAGUGACGAGUGUGAAUGAAACGUAACAAUCACAAUUGCCUGGUAAUCCUACAAGCAUAGCCUGUGGAACCAUGUAAGAACCAGAAGAAAGUGACAUGUUUGAAGAAUAGUCCUUUACUCAAAGUGCACUGAAAAAACUAACAGACGAACUUCCAUGAACUAAGAAAGUACGAAGAAGGUUUAAGGUUCUGGUUGGGAAGAGCUUGCAAUAAUUAUUAGAGCACUGUAUUUGCCCUUGCGUGUGAUCUAUUUUACUGAGAAAUUUGUCCAAGGGUUUCAAGAUAAACUAAAACACAGGAUCAUGAAGACUACAAAUAUAUUCGGCCUAUAGGCCUCAUUGUAAAAAUUUCAUACACAGAAGUGUCUCUGAGAGCUCCUAAGUAUUGUUAAGUCGCAAUGGCAGAUUCACUCGUUCUCGAGAAGGUUUACCUUUCCUGAGAACGAACAAAGCAAACUUGAAACAGAACCAUCUCUCAGGCAUUCUCAUUUAAAUAGUUUAGUGAGUCUUCUCUUCUAAUGUGAAGCGAGCACACUUUUGUUCUCUUAACUCCGUGACAGUGAAGCGCUUCCAUUCGCCACGCUGAAUGGCUUGCAUGAAUCCAUUUCUUUCUUCAUAAAGAACCUUGGCAAAGGGAAGAUAAUCAACUUUCAUUUCUGCUGGAGUUAAAUCUCCUCUUUAAUGGCUCUUAAGCAUGUACACAUAACAACUCGAAGCAAACCUUAUCAAUUGACUCAAUCGCUAAGACACGCAGUCAAAACAAAACUCUUGUGGCCUGACUAUGCUCGCUUUCACGUAACUAGAUCCGGGCUGGCCAAGAGGUCUGCCAUAUUUGCAUUCAGUGUUUACCAAGAAAAAUGCCUUAGUUUAAAAGUGAACACAGCAAUACUAGAGGUAUUGUCUUACAUUUGUCCUGCAGUAGGGCAAACAGAAGGAAUUCUUACUUCUAGUGUUAUAUGUUGACAGUGUUAUACAUGUAUAUUGACAGUUGAAUCCUUAAAUAAUGUACCUGUAGUGUUACAUAAGUUGACAGUUGAGUGACAACAUUUAUACAUUUAUGACUUGACUAUGGACAUAUAUGUAAGACACUGGAUCAUGUGUGGAAAUGUCAACAACACUAGAAAGAAUGACUGGAAGAGAAGAGGAGACAACGUACAUUGUAUAUUUCUCGAGGAAAAAGCAAUUACCAUUCAUUUGACUUCUGAUCUUUAGGCCCAAAUAUAAAAAAACUUCAUAACUUCAUAACUUUCAUUUUUGUAAACCUUAUAACUGCCAGGAUUUAGUAAGACCUGUUUUUAUGGUAACUGAAUAAACUAAUAUGAUUUUGCCACAUGGUUUUAGUAUUUUAUGCAUCAUUUUCCAUACUUUUAGACUUAUCAAAAGAAAUUAACACCAUGUCAGAAGAGUACAUGGCAAAUGUGAGGGAUAUGGAUGCUGCUAAGAGAACCCUACACUUAAAGAAGAUUGAAAAUGCCUUUGUUAAGAGUAGAGAAUAUGGAGAUGAUAAAGUUCAGCUGGCCAUGCAGACAUACGAAAUGGUUAGUCCCCACUCUUAUUUUUUGUAAAUCAAGGCUUAAAAUAGACUCAAUUUACAGUUGUUUGAGGCUUAUUGCAUAUUCCUCUCAACAACAUCAAUUAGAAAACCAGUCUGCAGGGAUUGUCCAUUAUGUCACUUAAUGCACUCUUAAUCCAAAUUAGCCUCUCAUUGCUUGAUGAUUUGCGAUUUGUGACACUGCUUCAUCACUGUUUUUAUUGUGGGACUGCCACUAAGAUUUCAAAUUGAAAUGAAACAGCUAGGGAUUUCUUUUGGUUCUUUUUUUGUUCUGUUUUCCUAUAAAAGUAGCCGGGGGCCACAUUGACAGCCCUGUUUUAUUGCUAGUGGUAUUAGGUCUGUAAGGAAAAGAAAAAUAUUGGUGCAAGAUUUGCAAUGAAUAGCAUUGUGUAAAUGGCAAAAAAACCUUUGGGAGUUAUUAAUUUCUCUGAGCACAUAAUUAUGUAUAUGUUGUAGUUAAUUUUUUUAUCUCAGGUAAUUUUUAUUUUUAUUUUGUUUCAACUUUAUUAGCAUACAUUACCAUAUCCAAAAACAAAAGAAAAAGAAAAAUUACCGGAGGUAAAAAAUUAACUACAACAAAUACAUUAUAAAGGGAGUUUACUCCAGUUAAAAUUGUGUCUGCAAAAUGAAAUAUAAUUUUAUCCGUGUCUCAUUGUUUCGCUGAUUGUAUUUCUAGAUGUAUUCAAGCUGAAUUUGUAAAGUGAUUUUAAUUUAUACAAUAGUAUUAUACUGUAUGUUCUCUUAGCAAGAAUGCACACUUUGUUUAUGAUAAUUUAGUUUUUUAUCAUGAUUAUUAAAUAUUAUUAUUAUUAUUAUUAUUAUUAUUAUUAUUAUAAAUCAAUGGUUAAAUAUCAUGUAUCACACCCUGAAAAGGACUUUGGUUGAAGUAAUGAAAUGAAGCAAGACCACAGAGAUCAAAGCCUUGUCUACUCUGAAACAAUAAAUUAGAAUGUACAAUGUAACAAUCUUCCUUUCUCCCAUGCCAUGCAAUUAAGUCCUUGGACCCAGGGCAUAUAAUAAAUUAUGUACAUUAUGUAUGCAAAAAAUCUACUUGCAUUGUAGCUUUGAAGUUCUCGGUAUUUGACAGUUGUAGGACUUAACAACUAGUAUUUUUUCUCUGAUUUUUGUUCACAGGUUGAUAAGCACAUACGUAAACUGGAUGCUGACUUGGCCAGAUUUGAGGCAGACCUUAAGGAACAGCACGCCAAGGAAGCUGGUUAUUCAGAUUUUGAAAGUAAGUUGGAAAAGUAACGCUAAAAUUACAAAGUCAUUAUAGCCCAAUACUGACUACAGUGGUUUUGGCGUGGCAACCGACAAAGGACCAGGCCAGCAGAAGAGCACUCAAUGCAGUUUUAAACAUUAGUGGUGGGGGGGGGCUUUGUUGUGAACAAAACACUUUGCCAUGGUCAUGUUGCACAACAAUGAUGAUUUGAAUAAAUUCAUAUAAAUCAAUGUCCAUGCUCGACUCAGCUGACACAGAUAAGUGUUAUACUUUCCUUGCUGUAUUUCUUUUGAUCAGUCCACUUUUUUUCUUUCAAGUCACACACUGACUGGUUACACAGACAUUCCUGUAGAAGUUGCCCCCACUGCUUGAUCGAGAAUUGUGCUUUCCAAUAAGGAAAGAACGUUAAUGCUUGCAGAGUCGGUUCCAAUCUUUGCACCCCAAUCAGAAAAAUCACAAAUAACCGGAAAAUAAUAUUAAACUUUUUCUAAAUCCAGUUUGUAAUACUGUCAUGAGAUCUUCACCACGAAAAAUACAGCACAAUACACUUGGUGACUACUUUAAAUCAUGUUUUCAAAAUUUUGGAUCAAUUACAAUUAUUUUUCCAAUCUACAGGUGAAUCACCAACACCAAAACGGAAGAGUAAGUCAGGUAUGUGGUUAACAACAGUAGCAAGUUAUUCAUCUCUAAAAGAAAUAAUAUUAAUAAUAAAUUCUUGCAUGGAUUGAAAAUUCAGUGUUAAUCAGUGAUUUUGUUGUCUCUGUGCCCUGUGUCGCUGAUGCAUUAAAAUCCGCAAAGACACAAAAUAAUUCAUGGCAUGCUUCCCAUAGGACACAAAGAACGAUCAAUCGAUUUAAAGAGUUUUUGAUAGAAUAUCCUGUUUGUGUGAUUUCUGUGGCUGUUGUUUAAAGAUGCAUUUUAUUUUAGUCUUUUUUGUGCUUUAAGUAUAUAGAAGGACUAUAGGAUCAAUUUUAGGUUUCUGGGAAACUGCCCACCUACCCCUACCCUAAGCCAACAUUAUCACUUACUUCUCACUUAGGGCAAAAUGUAGGCCCAGGGAAGGGAUAGGUGGGCAGUUUCCCGGAAACCGUAACUGAUCCGGACUAUAUUUUAAUUUCAGUAAACUGUAAUAAAGAGUGUUGGCGUCUGUCUCCAGAUUAACUGUCUGGUUACAUAAAGGCCCAAGCAUUUUGAAUUUAGGACUCCUUGGUAUUUUUUAAUUGGUACUCAUUAGUUAUGGACAGGGACUCAUGAAUCAUGACUCUUGAGUCCCAGGACUCCCCAUAACUAUUUGUAACCAAAUCACAGGUUAAUCCCAAUCAUACGCAAGAUUUGACUUGCUAAAAACAAAGUGAUGCCAGAAAGGUUAUUAAUUUUUAAAUACAAUUUGGCCUUUUCAAAAUUAUCUUCUUAAUCUUGGAGAGAGAAUUAAUGCUCAUAGGUCACCAUUGCAGGGAGGCUAAAACAAGCUCUGUUGAAGGACUUUUGUUCAAAACAUCAGCUUCUCUGUCCCGCAAGGUGGCCUCAGUUGACAGAAAAACAAAUCCCUGUAUUUCAAUCCCCUACCAAUACAACACCACAGUUUCUUUAGAAGCAAAACCCUUAAUUUAUCUGAGGUUAAAACAAGUGCUAAUGUAUCCCAUCAGGAUACGGAGAUGGCUAAUAUAAACCAUGGGAGUUAUUUUCAGAAUUUUACAGUUCAUUAUGUGCAUUAUGUUCAGUCUCAUUCUCCUCUUUAUAACCAAGAAGAGAGCUGAGGCCAGAACCUGUCCCGUGGUGUUCUGGGGUUGUUAUUGGGGAUGUGCCAGUCAUCUAUUGGCCUAUUUUUUCCCUGUUCCUAGUACAUUGUGUCACAGUUCAAGAAGUCUCUGUGGAUGUUAACUCAUCUUAGUUUCCUUUUUGUUUUUUAAGUGGCAAAUAAGGGUGAGAUGUUGUCGAUGUAACACAUGUUUAUCAAGCAUGGCAGUGUUACAUCCGGUACUCGGACACCAAAAGUUGGUUUUAAAAAGGAACCAAUUUUCUGACUGAGUUUAAGGGCUCUGGAUGUUACAUAAAACAUAGUUCAGUGUGUUCUAAAAUUUUAUUUUAAUUUGUAUCUGAGAGCCAAAUCUCCUUAACAGUUCUGUUUCCUUUAUUUUUGUAAAGUCAUAAGUCUGCAAGGAUUGGCUUUGAAAAAUAUUACUGUUUGACAAAAAUAAUUUCUUCAUCCCAUAUGCUGUGUUAGACAAGGUUUGAAAUAAUUUAGUAUUAUAUUUUGUAGGUGGCAGAAGUAGCAAAGGGGGAGGAAGGAAAAAGCAACAAGAUUUCGAUGAACCGGCCAGGAAAAAGAAAAAGUAAGCACACAAGAACAUAAAGGAGAUGUAGUAUUCAUAGAGUAUUGUAGGUUUUAAGAUGUUCAUUCUUAUUCUCUCUCUGCAUCUUUCUUUCAAUUUCACACUAUGGUCAACUUGUGUGCACGAUGUACAUGUACACUAAGUACUUAACAUAAACAAGUACAGGUGUGGCAUCCACUCCAUUAACCUUGACUGCUGUUUACCCUAUUGAAUAACUGGUGACUGACCCCCUCUAUUUUUAUCAUAGGUCACUCCCUCUACCAAUCCUCUCCAUUUUAAUAGAAAAAAUAAUUCUUUGUGAAGUAACAACUAAAAGCCUAUAAAUUUGCUGAAUUCUGUCACACAUGGCUUUUGGUGUGGUGGAAUCUUGGGCUGGUUGGGUGGAGUUUGCCCAGGGUUCUCAAUAGAAGGCGGCACCCGGCAAUUGAUCGCCGCUUACUUUGGGAUUUAUAGCCGCUUACUUUGUGUUUAGGUCACUUUUCUUUGCUUUGUUUUGACACCUCUGGCUUUGCUGAAGAGCCUCCUACUUUAUCAGUGAUCACCUUGUACUUAAAAAUCUAUUGAGAACCCUGUUGCCUAGCAACAAAGCCAAACAAAUAAAACUACAUGCCCAAAUUUUAGAUGCUGUAAUUUAUCGUCAGGAAUAAAUGCCAGCCUAUAGCUAAUUUUGUGUACAACUUUUGGGGCAGAUUGUCACACAAAAAUGGCUAGACUAACUGCAAACAGUGUGUUUUUGGCGAAAUGUCCACUUGCAAAUGCUUUUAUUCUUGUCCUUUUUCCUUUAAUUUCCUUCUUUUGGAUCUUUUCCUCAAGUUUCACGGGCCAGAUUCUGUGGGACACGUGCUCCUAGAAAAAUUCCCCACUUGGGAAGUCUUAUGAUCAUUCGUAUAUGAUAACAAUGGUGGUAGCUACAAAAAUGGCAUUAAAACAAUAAUUGUUUUAAUGUCAUUUUUGUAAUACUUUAAUACUUUGUAUGACUUUAAAUGGACACUGAUUAGCUUUUGUUUCUCCUCCUGGACUAAACUACAUGUAUGUUAGACCAAAAUUUUUCAGAGUUGUGUUAUCUUUUACAAAGGACAAUAAAUGAUUGGGUUUUUUUAUGAGUUGCCAUUGUAUUGGCUUCAAAUUUGUUUAUUCCUACAUGUAGUUAGUGGUAUGUACCCUUGUUGGUUAAUGAUCAAAUUGCUCUCAAAUAGCCUGGAGUAAGAAGAAAAAUCUCUUUACAUCCUACUUGACAUGCUGUCUGCCUGACAAGAAAAAUAAUAAAUUUGUUACUUUUUUAAACAGAAAGGUAUUAUAAACUUAACAUAGGGUUACCGUUAGAUCCUGACAUACAGUAGUCACAUUUAUCUUGCUUUUCGGGCAAGCAGAUUUUCCUCUUUUGUUUCACCCUCUCCACCCACCACUUAGUACAUGUUUUAAAAGUGGUGAUGUUGAGUAGCAUAGAUACAGCUUCAGACACUCUGCAGCCUAGCAAUAUUCUGUGUCAGUUAUUACCAGUCUGUGUAAGCUAAUUAGCUGUAUUACUGCUAACCCUUGUUGCAGAGUGGAGUCUGAUGGCCCCAAAUCCCUUGCUGUCGCUGUGUCUCUUCUGGCACCAGAGGUUCAAGUACUAGACAUGCCAGUUGAUCCUAACGAACCAACAUACUGUCUAUGCCAUCAGGUAAGAUAAUUGCAAAGACACUAUAGUAAUACUGUUGCUUAUUCAUUCAUUUGUUUUUUGUUCAGUGUUAAUACACAGUGACAAUAGUCAUGGAACUGCUGUGUACCAGUCCCCAGUUGUUCAAAUGGUAGAUACAGUGUACAACUGUAGUGUUAUCUAUUGGAUAAAUCUCUAUCCAUUUCAUAACAAAAUUGGUUUAGCUAAUACUUAUCUAUCUGGCUCCACUUCUUGAAAAGGUGGAUAGCGCUAUCCACCAGAUAAAUUUAAGGCUGUGCUCUAAGGGAAAUUGAAGGGAGCCCAGUGCUCUGAACCUGUAAAAUCCAGGGUGCCCAGCAUAUGAUUUGUAUGAAAAAUCUGAGAUUUUCUAGUCGCCUGAGAGCAAGAGUUAGGCACCAGGGGCCACCGGGCUCUGCUAGAGCACAGCCCUGAAAUUGCAUCCACUGGAUAGUGCAAUUGGCUCCCUCAAUAUUUAUCCACCGGAUAAAUCAGUGUUAUCCAGCUUUUGAAGAACUGGGGCCUACUGGAUAGUGCUACAACAACCAGGGCCAGAUAUACAGUGUAUUAUGUAGUAUUGACUUCAUUGAUUGACUCAAAGUUUAAAUUAUGGGUUGGUUUUUUGUUCUAUAAAAUACAACUAUAAUUUAAGGUCAGUUUUUUCACUAGCAGGUUUAUACCAAAACAGUUAUUUUCCUCAUUGUGGGUGAAAGAUACUAGUAGUGAAGGAUAUUAAUCCGAGUCCAUCCUCUUUGGUGAAUGUUUGGGAAAUUUAGUGUAGCAGUACAGUGCGGUACUUAUUUCAGUCAAUUUACUUUGGAUCUACUGUUUUUUUGUGAAGGUUUCGUAUGGUGAAAUGAUUGGAUGCGAUAACAUGGAGGUAACAAUACGGUAGCAAUAAAUGUUAGAUAAUCAAAACUAUAAAUUAGAUAAUUUUAGACACGUACUGUUAUGUUAGGCUUGACAAUCUAGGUCAAAACUUUAAGGACACUUUGUCCUCUUGCUUUAAAAAAGCAAAAAUAUUGGCUGUUCGAAGUCUAUUCAGUUCACACAUCGUCAACUUUGGUUGGGCGUAUGGUAGAGAAAACUUGGUAAGGCCGUAUUUAUGAGUGUGAAUGUGAUCGUCCGGGUGAACGUAGUCCUGAAUAGGACUGUUGUUGUUGACAGUGACUGACGUGCGGUAGUCAUCUUCAGAGUCAAAGUGGAUCAAUUCAAUAACCAGAGUAUACCAUCAACUGACGUGAUACAACUCACUUUGACUCUGAAGGUGACUACCGCAAAGGAUGUCGAAGCGUCAGUCACUGUCAACAACAACAGUCCUAUUCAGGACUACGCUCACCCGGACGAUCAAAGUCAACCUACUUUUGAAAUGACUCUUGGGUUCAAACCUUUCACAGUAUAUUUUUUAUCAUAAUUUCCACGUGAAAAAGGAAGAGGUUUGUAUCAAAGCAAUGUCAACCUCAGCCUGACGUUUAUGCAAAGGCUAGGAUACUAAGCACACAACUAUAAGCUGGUCUAUUCAGUACACAAAAAGGAGAUUGAUAGGGAGCGUCCUUAGGGGUGGGGGUUGGGGGGUGUCCCAAGAGAUGAUGACUCCUAAGACAAUCCCUUGUAGAACAUCGAGACUUGAGUAAAAACUGUUUGUUGGUCAACCAGAUAUUUUGUAUUUUGUUGUACAGGCUCUUGAGUCAAAGAAGGACAGCUUGAGCAUAUUGUAUCUGGGUAACAUUUGCUGCAAUCCAGAGAAAAAGAUCUGUUUCCACACAGAAGUGGAUACAUGAAGGUGUGCGAAACGAAAAGGUUUCGACAACCCAGCAUGUGGCGAGAAGUUUGAGGGGAGCCAAGGGGAAAAAAUAGUUGUUUUCAAGUAAUCCGGAUGCGUGUGGAUGGGGCUUUGUUGCUUACUGGUGUCUUGAUGUAAAAGGAGCUAGUACACAGAACUGACUUGCUGCUUCUGUUUUUCAGUGCCCUAUUGAAUGGUUUCACUUCCCAUGUGUGGGACUUACCUCAAAGCCGAAAGGAAAAUGGUUCGUCGACAUUUCUUAUCGUUUCAGUAAUAUAACUUUUUGUUAACCAAGGUGAUGAAGGUUUCUUAAAUAUGUGCGGUUUUUUUUACUGGAGUCUUUUCCUGUUACCCUUUGGGAUGUAGUAUUAUUUGUUGGCUACACCCCACGCACAGAUUACUCAUUAGUUGACAUGUCCUGUUGUUGACCUUUUCGCUUUUUAAAAGAUAACUGUGCGUUAUCUCUCUCGUUUGUGGUCAUAGUAUUGCAUUGAAUUCAUUUUUGAACUUUUAUUGCAACUUCCUGUGCACUGUAAAAAUGUAGACAAUGGUAAAUUAUGGUCGAUUAAUUGAUAGAAACAGUUCGAUCUCUGCAAAGAUAUUUCUACUUGGAACUGCCCCUUGAUUGCCGUAUGAAAUUGAUUUGUCGCUUCCAAAGAGGAUUGGGGAUUAAUCCUUCAAAGUAACAUCUUUCCUUCUCAAACGGCCCUUUGGUUAAAAGCUCGCCAAACGUCAAUUUCAACUUGCUUUGUCUCUCAUAUUUUUCAAAUUGUUUGAUUCAAAGUUUUUUCUAUUCUCAAAAAUAGACAUCCCGGAAUUCUUCAUUGUUACCAGAAAAGUUAGAACUGUUUCGUUAUUGAAGGAGGUUGAGCUUUUUCCCGAUUCCAAAAUGCUAAAAUUUCUAACAUUUGUUGUUUCCCCGCUAUUGUCCAAAAUGACGACGGCUCACGCGCGAGAACGAAAGAAAAAUCUAAAGUAAAAUGGUUACAGCGUUACUACUUCAGGUAUUGUCCAAAAUGCGCCCAAGAACGAAAGAAAAAGUAACAGUAGUUCAACUAGAAACGUUUGGAAUUAUUUGCCCCAUCAGCUGGGAAAACAGUGGUCAAGUGUGCCUUCAAGAUACAGACUAACGUGGCUUCGUUAGGUCAGAGAAGGGCAUAAUACAGAAAGAAACUAUUUAAAGCAAAAGAUAUCAACUUUGAGAGUUUAAAGUUGUUUAAACAUCGCAUGAAGCUUAUUCAUUCAUUCAUCCAGAAAAAAAGGUUAUGACUCGUCAUUACAGAGAUUUAGAAUAACGCUUAGGGCAAAUAGCAAACCAGCCUGCAAGCAAGCUCUCCAUUUGCGGGUGUGCGAGAAGUCACGCGAGAGCACCACGCGAAAGGAAACGCGUUGUCUUGCAGCUCGCUUUGCUCGCCAUAAAUGACGAACUUGCUCCCAGGCUGAUGACAAACUUUAAUUUGUACCACUUGAGCAAGGUUUAUCUCAAGUUUUCGUUUACUGUUCAUUGUAUGUGCAGAAAAAUGAGUAUAUUCAUUUCGGGUAUAUCUUGAGAACUAUUGCGCACAAUUGUUGUUGUUUUUAUAGUUGUGCUUUGACAUCUUUUUCUUCAGUCGUUGUUAUAUUCGAAAACGCACAUCGUCUUCGUCUUCAUUAUUUGUUUUUUUUUAGAAUCAACGAAUUCGAUCACACUUCACUUCUAAUUACCGCUUUCGGCGCCGGGAACCCAGGGACACAACAGACUGCCCGAAGCCAAACUGUAAGAAUUUUUUGGGAAGUUUAUUAACUACUUGUUUUCCUAAGAGGAACAAAUGACCUUCGUUGCGUCGAGGUAAGGAAGGUCUGUGGCUGCCUGAGAAGUUUAAGGAGGGCGUACGUUUGGUAUGAAUUUAAAUGGAAAAUAAGGCUACGCCAGGAGCUUAUGAUCAUAAGCCCCUGGUCACACUUGC